UUCAUCCCAGCGGUUCAUCCAGAGACAUGAUUCCCUGUCCAGUGUGCCUAGCAGCUCUUCUUCCAGGAAGAACUCCCAGGGGAGUAACAGAAGCCUGGAUACAAUUACUGUCAGGAGAUGAAAGAGAUUUUGGGAGAUUGAAUGUGAAAGUGUUUUAUAAUUCUUCAGUAGAGCAGAUCUGGAUCACAGUUUUACAGUGCAAAGAUUUAAGUUGGCCUUCUAGUUGUGGAGACACUCCUACUAUUUCUAUAAAAGGAAUACUAACAUUGCCCAAACCAGUGCAUUUCAAAUCGUCAGCAAAGGAAGGCUCUAAUAGUAUUGAAUUUAUGGAAACUUUUGUAUUUGCUAUUAAACUCCAAAGUCUACAAACCGUAAGCCUUGUAUUUAAGAUUCAAACCCAGACACCCAGGAAGAAAACCAUUGGAGAAUGCUCACUGUCACUCAGAGCUCUUAGCACACAGGAGAUGGAUUACUCUUUGGAUAUAACGCCACCUUCAAAAAUUUCUGUUUGCCAUGCAGAACUUGAAUUGGGGACUUGUUUUCAAGCAGUAAAUAGCAGAAUUCAGUUACAGAUUCUCGAGGCACAAUACCUUCCAAGCUGUUCAUCACCUCUCACUUUGAGUUUUUUUGUGAAGGUGGCAAUGUUUAGUUCAGGAGAGUUGAUUUAUAAGAAGAAGACACGCUUACUGAAGGCCUCCAGUGGCAGAGUAAAGUGGGGAGAAACUAUGAUUUUUCCACUCAGACAGAAUGAAAAAGAAAUUAUUUUUCUCAUUAAGCUUUACAGUCGGAGCUCUGUAAGAAGACGACACUUUGCGGGGCAUAUUUGGAUAAGCGAAGACAGUAAUAACACUGAAGCAGUGAAUCAGUGGAAAGAAACCAUUACAAAUCCAGAAAAGGUUGUUAUCAAGUGGCACAGAUUAAAUCCAUCUUGAAGAUAUCACACAUUAAUUUGAUGAAGAAUUUGACAUUCUUUUAGAAGACUUAGGAUUUCAAUUUGCUACCAAUGAAAAGAGACAAAUCAAUACAUUUGUCAAUUUAUUUAUGGAGGUCAUAAUUGUAAUGUGUAAUGGAUCUUAUAGAAAAUUAAAUUUGAUUAAAGAAAAUGGGAUGACUUAUAUCUGAUAUCCAAAAUAAAGGGGAUGUUUUAAAACUAUGCCAAAA